GGAAUUUGUGAUUUGGGUGAAGAUAGAAGUCAUGGCUGGUCCAGAAAGUGAUGGCCAAUUCCAGUUCACUGGUAUUAAAAAGUAUUUCAGCUCUUACACUCUCACAGGUAGAAUGAAUUGUGUACUGGCCACAAGCGGAGGCAUUGCUUUGUUGGUCUUAUACUUCAAGUUAAGGCCUAAAAAAACCCCAGCUGUGGAAGCAACAUAAAUGGAUUUUGAAAUGUCUGACCUCAUCUGUGAAGUCCCAAGCCUGAAGA